UUCCGCGAAGGCUACAGUAAUUCGUCGCACUCACAGUCCAAUCUGUUCUUCGUUCUCAGCUCUCCGAAUCAGAAUUAAAAAGAGCAGCUUCAAGGGGAUCGAAAUGGUGAGCGGAGGCGUAAUGUCAAAACAGUCUCUAGUGGAAGCGGCGCUGACGGUGCUGAACACAGCGGAUCCAUUCGAAAAAGCUCGGAUUGGCGAUGUAAUCGCGAACGAAUGGCUUAACGGCGAAAUCGCCGCCGCCUAUGUCGCCGGAGUCGACAUCCAAGUUCCCGAUCGGCCGGCGCGGCUGGACGAUGUGAAGCUGGUGUCGCCGAGUGAGAUGCCGAAGCUUGGGAAGGCCGGGAGCUUGCAGAGUAGGCAGGCGAUUGUGCAUAGUCUUGUGCAUACUGAAAGCUGGGCUAUUGACUUGUCUUGGGACAUAAUUGCUCGAUUCGGUAAGCAAGAGACAAUGCCGAGAGAUUUUUUCACGGAUUUUGUGAAAGUAGCACAAGACGAAGGCCGCCACUUCACCCUUCUUGCAGAGAGACUCAAAGAACUUGGAUCAUUCUACGGUGCCCUACCUGCUCAUGAUGGUCUUUGGGAUUCAGCCACCGCCACUUCAAAGGAUUUGUUGGCUCGUCUCGCAAUCGAGCAUUGUGUUCAUGAGGCCAGAGGACUCGAUGUGCUACCGACAACUAUAUCACGUUUUAGGAAAGGUGGCGACAACAAGACAGCUGAUUUACUAGAAAAGGUCAUAUAUCCCGAAGAAAUCACUCACUGUGCAGCCGGCGUAAAGUGGUUCAAAUAUCUUUGCCUGCGAUCAAGAAAACUAGAACUAGAAGAUGACAACAUAACUGAGAAUCUUAGAGACGAGAUUGUCGAGAAAUUUCACGCUACGGUGAGGGCACAUUUCCGAGGGCCGUUGAAACCGCCUUUCAACGAGGAAGCUCGAAAAGCUGCUGGAUUUGGACCUCAAUGGUAUGAACCUCUUGCUGCUAUUAAGGAGGAUGGGAACUGUGUAGAAGAAACCACAGCAGUUCAUCCAUGAUCCAAGUACGUAGAUCUCAUUAUCAUUUAAUUUAAAUAUAUAUAUAUAGAUAUAUAAGACAUUUGAUGAUUUUAUUAUUAUUCUUAUUAUUACUUGAUUGAGGUGAAAUUUUGAGCGAAUUUGCGAUGCCAAUAGUGACGUGAAUGCACAUGUAUUUUUCUUCUUGGUAUUUUAAUAUCAGAUGAAGGGAGGAAUAUUGAAGUCGUCAACUUAAAAUUUUCUGUUGUUUUUAUUGUUC